GACGCGUCAUUCCUGCCUCUCCCGUCUGCUCCGCUUCCUUUCCGUGUUGUCUUUAAUCGGCAGCAGCACCGCCUCCGCCUGCUCCCCCGCCGCCUCCGCUCGCGCCGCAGCCAUGCCCUAGCGCCGUCCCCCGUGCUCCCCGGUCUUCUUCUCCGCCGCGAGCUCCGGCGGGUGGCUCUUGCGCCGCCGUGGCCGGCUGCGCUUCCCGCAUCUGGGCGGGCCGGUGGUCACGCCCCGCGUCCUCGGCCUCCUCGCGCUCUGCCGCCCCGUCGGCGGUGCCAUUGUACGGGGCGCUUGAAGCUGCGCUGAUUCGUCCUCGAGGGGAUUGAUCAGGCUGCAAUCCCCUGUGAUAAGCUCUGUUGCUAGCGAUGCAUUCUUCAGAAAAUAAACCAGUAUGCUCCAACUCUCGAAGAUCAUCGCAACAGAGGAAAGAAAUCGCUUCUGAGUUGGUUCCUGUAUCAAAAAGACCAAGUCGACGCAAUGCUUCCCGCAAAUAUGAACCUGAGUCUCCUUUCAAGAAAUCGCCGAGAAAAGUUAGGAAUGCUACUCUGGCGAAAUGCAUAAAGAAUAAAUAUCAUUGUAGUACCUUGAAACGACGCAGGGGUUCAGAUUCUGUUACUGGGAAAACUGUAAUGGGACCAAUGGCGAGGAGGAAGCAGAAAAGGAAAAGGCAAAAUACUGAUGAGGCAACUCGCUUGGAAAGAAGAGCAAGAUAUUUACUGAUCAAAAUAAAGUCGGAGCAGAAUUUAAUAGAUGCAUACUCUGGAGAUGGAUGGAAUGGGCAAAGCCGAGAGAAAAUAAAGCCAGAGAAGGAGCUACAGCGUGCUAAGAAACAGAUCAUAAAAUGCAAAAUUGCUAUCCGUGAUGUAAUUCGCCAACUUGAUUUGCAUAGUUCCAGUGGGUGCAUCAGUGACUCGGUGAUGCCUCCAGAUGAAUCUGUCAAUCCUGAACAUGUACGUGUAUCGACCAUAUGUUCAACAUGCAAGUCUCAUGAAUCAUCUCCCAGCAAUGAAAUUAUCUUCUGCGGAGGGGCCUGCAAAAGGGCAUAUCACCAGAAAUGUUUGGAUCCUCCUUUCGACAAAAUUGCUCUUCUGACCAGUAGCCAUGGAUGGCUUUGCAAAUUCUGUUUGUGCAAGGUGAAAAUUUUAGAAGCUAUUAAUGCACAUCUAGGAACGAUCUUUACAGUGAAGUGUCCCUCUGAUGAUAUUUUCAAGGAAGCAACUGAACAAAUAGACUCUAAGGAUGGACUAGGUGAAGAUUGGCUUUCUGAGUAUUCAGGUGAUGAGGACUAUGAUCCUGAAGAAAAUGAGGUCAGCAGCAGCAUUGACAGUGGGGAAAAAAUUAUGUCAGAUGGUUCCAAUGGUUCAGGAAGUCCACUUUAUUCUCCAAACGAUGAUAUUCCGGACUUCAUAUCAGCAGAUUUCAAUGAUGCUGAAGGAUUCUGUCAUGUCAAUUUAGACUUGGGCAUUGAUUCCGGUGAAGAUGAUUUUGCACAGAUCCUUACCUACCAAAGACCAAGAAGAGAUGUUGAUUAUAGAAGACUCAAUGAGGAAAUGUUUGGAAAACUUGUCGAGAAUGAAGAGCAGAGUGAGGAUGAAGAUUGGGGCCAUAACAGAAGAAAGAAAAGAAGGGUGAAGUCUUCUGUUGUUGGGGCUAAUUCUGUUGAGGGUUCCCCAAAUGCCAUGUCAGUUGAAAAAGUACAAAAGCAGAGGAGAAAACUUUUCAGGAUUCCCCCUGCGGCAGCUGAAGUGCUUCGCAAAGUUUUUGCUGAUAAUGAGCUUCCACCCCGGGCUGUCAAAGAAGAUCUUUCAAAAGAAUUGGGCAUUUCGUUUGAAAAGAUCGACAAAUGGUUCAAAAACACAAGGUGUGCUGCCAUCAAAUAUCGCAAGGCUGAAGGGAACAGUCAUAAUACUGUCCCCAGCAAAAGAUCAAGAACAAGUGUAGAAAAAGCUGGAAUCUCAGGCAAGGAUGAAGGGAACAGUCAUAUUACUGGUCCCAGCAAAAGUUCAAGAACAACUGAAGAAAAAGUUGGUGUCUCGGGCAAGGUUGAUUUAGUAGACAAUUCAUACUUUGUUCCCUUGUCUGAAAUCAUUAAUGUGCCUGCACGUUUGCAAAGAAAUCUUGAGAAGAGGAAGACAGAAUCAACUAGCAGUCCUCUGAGGAGGCUAGACAACAAAGGAGCUUGCUUGUCUCCAACUGGCCAAGUAAAGGAGAGUACGUCACCUACAAGCAAGUCUUGUUUGCACGAGAGUACAUCACCUACAAGCAAGUCUUGUUUGCAGACAGAUUUAAGCCAUCCAACAAACAAUGAAGUCAGCGCGGAAGAGCAAGCUGCUUCUUGGAUGGACACUGGGGCGUUAACAUGUUUGCAAGGGAAUACAUCACCUAUAAGUAAGUCUUGUUUGAAGACAGAUGUAAGUCAUCCAACAAACGAUGACAUCAACGCUGAAGCACAAACUGCUUCUUGGAUGGACACUGGGGCCUCAGAUUAUCAGCCUUUCUUGGAUGUGAUCGAUGAGAUGUGCGGCCUUGAGUAUAGGCUGCACAGGUUAAAGGAGGACAUGCUUUCAUCAGCAGGAGACGGCAAUGCUCAUAGUGAGACUAACUUGCAAGGCCAAGCCGUGGUGCUUGUACCAGCUGCUGAGCUCAAGGAAAAAGCAUAGCGUAACAUCUAAAUGCAAAUGCAUACUUCAUCUGGGCAUCACAUAGGUUUUUAUACAGCAGAAAAAUUGUAUAGAGAAAAGAAAAAGGUUCUAGCACUGGCUGACCUACUGUCUGGUGGUCUUUCUUGGGCCUCAACGAUUCUGGUACUGCAUAUCACAUGAAACUGUCUUUGGAAUUAGUAUACAAGCUAGUUUGUACUGGACUAUGAGACAGCUAUUCUUUUGGAUACAUUUAGAUUCAGACGUUUCGGAUUAGAGUUUUGCUUAUUAGCAAAGUUGUAACCACCGAAUCCAAAUUUGAACUGCGACUGCGGGCAAAGUCCGUUGAUGACUCUGAAAUGAUUGUAUCACUCUCAAAUCUCAACUGCUGAUUUAAUUUUCUUC